UGGAAUGGAGUCAACAUGGCGUCGCAAGAUGAAGUUGACGUAUGUGAAAGUUGGGAGGAUAUGGACGAAAUUGGACUGGACCAAAAGAUCAAACUGAUGUCCAGUCUAGUACCAGCAAAUGCAUUGAAAAGUUGCAAGGUUACUAACGUAAUUGUGGAAGAUAACGCUUGCAUUGGGUCCCAGUGUAUGAUGCCUGAGCCAGCUAUUCGCAUAUUAAGACGUCCCUCGUCCUUAUCUAGUGGUCAGCUAAAUGGCGAGAAUCGUGCGCGACCGGUGAAAACAUUACAACAAAGACAGAAAGAGUAUGAAGAGGCUCGGUUACGUAUAUUAGGGGAAGCUAGAAGCCCUGAAGAUGUUAUUGAUGACAAUUUGACCCGCCUUCAGGACAAAUUGCAAGCAAACAAUCUAAAUGACUGUCAAAACCAUAAGGAGAAAAACUAUAACAAUGACAAUAAUAGUAAAGGAAAGGAACGAAAAGUUUUAGUUCGUUUACCGCCAGGUUCAACAUCAUCAGGUAUCUUUCCAUCCCCUCCCCCGCCAGGGGUACUUGUGAUCAGAACUCCUAGGGGUCCAGAUGGAACAAAAGGUUUCAUGAAGAGGUAGCAUUGACUAAAUUUCGUAACUAUUUUUCAACUUAUAUUAUAAUAGCGACUGGUGAACAUUAAUUGUUUUACAGUUUCCUUUAAUUUUACUGAACUCAAUAGAUUCCCUUACGUUGAUUAUGAUUUUUUCUUAACUGGGUAGUAAUUCUGAUUAUUACAUUACUAUAUUUUGCAAUUAAAGUGUUAUAAACAAACGCUAUUUGCACUUGUCAAAUGUAUAAAUAAUUUGUUUUCAUGGUCUUCUACAGAAUGCAAAAAAAUCAGUUUUGUUGUUUUAGACUACGACUAUCUAUUUUUAUAUCUGACCUUUGUAUUUAUGAAUAAGUGAAAGGUAUUAGAAUAAUCACAAAAAAACAUCUUAUUAUUUGCAUUAAUGAACACAGCUUAGCCCUAUUGAAUAAUGUGUAUUUAAAUAUUGAGCAAUUUUGUUUUUUGCGUAUAAUAAGUGUCUCAUUCAAUGCCUUUCAGAAUAAGAUAACGAAGGAAUAAUGUGAUAGUACAUUAAAAUUAUAUCCAUAUUUUAAAACAUAGUAUAAAUAGAGUUGUCGUACUGCUAAUCUUAGUAUAUAUAAAUUAUGUGACACAUUGUUUGUCCUCGAUGGACUCCUAAACUAAUGAACGGAUUUUAAUGGGGAUUACUUCAUGGAUUGCAGUUUAGUCCAACUUGAGAGAUAGGACAGUUUUUAUUUCGAUUUGGGACCUAUGAUUAUUUUUAUUUUCAAUUUCUAUGGGAGAAUUUAGUGACACACAGUUUGACAGUUCCGCUGUGAAACAUUUUCAUUCAUCACAGCAGGGAGUAUUUUUUACGUUAUAAUUCUUGAUGUUUUGAAAUAUUAUUGGCAAAUUCAUAAAAAACAGUAUUUUAUUUAUUAGGUACAGAACAAUGUCUGUAGGCUCAUCUAGUUUAACUAUAUAUUUUAGUUGAAUGUUUUUAAAUUUUUAAAAGAGUCCAUAGGCUUUGCUGUGUACCUACAUGCAUAAUGUAAUCUUUUUAUUACAUACAACUGCUGACCCAGUAAACAUUGUUUUGCCAUAUAAAUAGUAUUGCGAAUAUACAGGUAUUUCUUAGUUAAAAAAAUUGGUUCCCAGAUAAGUAAUCCGAAUAUAUUUUAUACUUAAACCUUCUUUGGAACACACUGCAUUAUAUGGUAUAAGUAUUAUUCUGAUUGGUUCAGUAGUUUUCUCAGUAUAUACAAAUAAAAAAACAGCUCUACUUUUAUAUUAGAUUAUUUAUAACCCUGUUUGACAUCAUUUGAGAAUAAUCCUUAAGAGUUAUAGUACAUACUGGAGCCAUUAAAUAUUCUAUAACCGAGUGAUAAAGUGAACAUUCAGUGCAAUAUAACAAGUAAUACUACCUCUAGUUUGAUUGACCAUUGGUGAUCAGUAUUACUGUGUUACGAGUUAUUGGUACCUAGUAAGAAGCAUAUUGCUGUCUGCUGUGACAAAUUAAUUAUUUGCAGAAUUGUUUUCCAAACCUAUAUUUUAUUUCCUUUAAUUGCAAAAUAUGCCUGCAAUGAUUUACCCAAUAUAUUGUUCUGUAUUCUAAAUGAAAUUGUAAAACAAGAUGAGUGCUCAUUUGAGGGAACAAUUACAGUGUAAUUUAUUACAAUAAUUUUAGAUUAGUAAUAGUUUUACAAAUGAAAUUGUUUCUUUAGGACACUCGUUGUAAGUAAACUGCCUGCUUAGUUUGUAUAUUUUAUUAUAACACUAAUAAUAGUAUCACUCACAUAUUUGUAACUCAUAACACUAGUUGAUUAAGUUUUUUUUUAUCAUGAUGUGUCAGUUUAUCUAAUUCUGCAAUCAUAUUUUUGUCUGGGAAAUCUUGAAAAUUCAAUAAUUUUCAAUUAAACUUAAAUAGUAAACACAUUAAACUUAUUUUUGCAAUCUAAUCAUUUUAUUUAGAGAAUAUCUUCAAGAUCAUGGAAGUAUAGAGAAAUUUUCAUAAAUAUGUUUAUUGCAACCAUUAAAUUUGUUUGAUUGGUACAUUGUACAUCAUAAAUGACUCGGAAGAACUUUAAUAAUUAAUAUCUAUCGGUUUUAUUUGAAUAGAUCUAGCAGUUCUAUUGAACACUACCAACUAUGUAUUUUAUUCAUAGAAAUAACUUUGUAAUCAUAAUAUUGAUAUUUUAUGCUCAGUCUCAAUGUUAUCGCAAACCCUCAAUUACACCAAUAUAAUACUUGUAUUAUUAAAAAAAUUCUUAUGUAUUUAUUGUGCCUGAAUAAUAUAACAUAUAAAUUUCCAUAAACAUGUGUAAAAUAAAAAUUUGUUAAAUGUUAUAAAGGACAUAGUAAGUUAUUUGUAACUGUACUUGAAGCUAAAUCUUCAAUGCAGUUUCAUUUAUCACAGGCACAGCAAGACUAUUGUCUAAAGGCUUCAAUGGUAUUAGUUUAAAAUAUUUUUUUCUAAGUAUGUUUAAUUUUCUCAUUUGUCCAAAUUAGAUUAACAAAUACUUAAGUUUUAAUACAACAAGUACAAUAAAAUUAUAUUUGUAUACCAAAAUACACAGGUAAGAAGUGGAACUUCUUUACGACAUAAGUUUUUUUCUAUUUACAACUUCACAUAAAUUUGAUUUUUUUUUACUUGAGCCUUAUCUAGGCGUAUUAAAUUAAAACUAUUGACAUGCAUACAAAUAAGUCUUUUUAUUUUAUCAUUUUCACACUAAUAUAUUAUUCUCUAUGUCACUAUACUGAACUUGAUAAAAAAAACAAAAUGGCGAGUAACCGUAAUCGUGACGAUAUUGCUAUAAAAAUUCUCUCAUAUGUCAAUAAAGAAGUUUUACUUCAAAAAUUUUGCAAACACUUACCCCCUUAUUCAUAAUAGUCUGCUAACUUAAACCAUUGCCAAUUCUCACUCUGUCUUCUUCUAUUGACCUAAGUCAGAAUGACAAAAAUCACUACUUAGUGGCUGUUUAAAGUUAGCGGACCAUUAUGAAUAAGGGGGUUAAUAUAUAUGUGUAUAAUACACAUUUUUUAUGGUGUAAAUAUUGGGUUACUACCAUGUUAUAUCUAAAUUUGUCAGUAUUACUUUUGUAUACUGUUCCAAUUGAUAGAAAUAUGUGUGAAUGGUUUGGCGAUAAGUGUACUAUAAUGAUAGCUAUAAUAUCUUGUAAGUCAUGUGACUGUGAUAGCUACAUAGGACAUUUUUCUACAGUGGUUAAUGCAUACUUUGGUAGAAUUACUGUAUGUAAAUGUUAAGAUAGUAAUAUUGUUUAUUAAAUUAUUUGAAUGUGCCUAUCAAAGAGGAUGUAAGUAACAGUAAUAAAAGGUGGGACUGCCUAAGUAAAAAUUGAAAUUUAGUUUAGUAUGAAAUGUGCAGCGAUUUGACAUAAGUUUGAAAUAGUAGUAAUUACAGUAUGGCGAUUGGCGACUAAGUUUAAUCCGGCUAAGUUUGAAAGCGGACAGUUGCUUAAAACAUAGUGGAUGUCGGCUAUCUCUGUUUUUUUUACCAGAUUAUAGCCGUCAUCUGCCAAUCUAUCAAUGACUGCAUGUUUCAUACAAUCCAGUAAAUCGCUUUUUUAUUAGAGAGUUUCGCUAGGCUGGUGCCUAUCUAAAUUCAGAUUGGUCCGUUUUGUACUAUAAACAUUUUUUUGAAAAGCUGUGUCCAGUUAAAACACAUCAAGAACUUUCACAGUUUCGCUGUUUUAGAAGCAAACUUAGCAACACAAUAAUAAUUGUUACUCUAUAAUUCAUAUAUGUGACAAAACUUUAUUUAAUAAAAAAAUAAAAAACAUA